AUGGGUGGUGAUCUUAAUUUGAAAAAAUCGUGGCACCCACAUCUUCUCAAGAACCAAGAGCGCGUCUGGCAAGAGGAGAAUAAAGCGCUCGAAGAGCGUAAGCGGACCGAACAAUGGCGUAAAGAAAGAGAAGAGGAGCGACAGCUACAGGAGCUCCGACAGCUACAGGAGGCCGCCGGGGGGAAGAAGGUGCUAGACCGUGUCGAGUUCUUGUAUAGUGGCCCCUCACAGGGGAUGGAUCGGACUACAGAUGAGAUGGAGGCAUAUCUACUCGGGAAACGUAGGAUCGACUCAUUAUUGAAAGGGAGCGACAACGAAAAGCUGAGCAAGCAGGCGUCUGAGACGUCGUUUAUGGCUAUCCAGAACGCGAAUACCGUGAGAGAUACGGCGAACAAGAUUAGGGAGGAUCCUUUGUUAGCUAUUAAGAAGCAAGAGCAGGCUGCCUAUGAGGCCUUCAUGAAAGAUCCUAUAAAGAGGAGGCAGUUGAAGGAAGUCGCGGAGGGCGGCAAGGAAAAGAGCAGAGAUACCCGUGAUAAGGAGAGGGACAGAAAACACAGGAGCCAUCGGCACCGCGACGAUGACCGGGGGUCACGAAGGAGCAGCCAUCGUGAUGACGACCGCAACCAGAGGGGCAGCCGGAGAGACAGAGACGACGAUAGGAAGCAUCAUCACCGUCGCAGACACUCCUCCUCUCGUUCUCGCUCUCGCUCAUCAACGCCACCUCGUCGUAGGGCAUCCUCAAAGUCACGAGCAUCAUCUCGAUCAAGAUCACCCCGACGCGAGAGUCGCGAUUACCGUCGCCGUAGCUCUCCUGAUCACGAGCGUAGACGCACUCGAUCGCCACCAAAUAGCCGUCGUAAUGGAUCGAGCUCACAUCGGCGUCCACCUUCCCGUUCCCCUCGCCGGCGCUCCCCAGUCCCUCCACCACGCGAUAGCGGGGACUAUAAAUCAAGGCCCCAACGACAGCCUUACGUAAAUCGUUCUAAUGGGAAUGGGAAUGAGAACAGAAACAGAAAUGGAAAUGGAAAUGGAAAUGCCGAAGAGGAACGGGCAAGAAAAUUAGCAGCCAUGCAGAGUAACGCAGACCAAAUGAACGCAGAGCGCAUGAAACGCUUGGCGGAGAUUACGGAGAAGGAGAAAGCUGAACUUGAGAAAGAGGAGGCAGCGAGGAUGCGAAAUAGCAAAUACGGGGGCAAAGGUGACUUUUUGACCGGUGUCAAUAGGAAAGCUGGAAACUUGGACUUGGGAGAGAGGGUUAGAAGAGGAAGACAGACACUGAUCAAGGGGGAAUCUGAUGACUAG